ACCAUCGACCUCACCGACCGCCCCCGACUCAUGUCUCUCAUACCCUACACGGUUGCGUCGUGCUCGUCCGAGGACGAGCAGCACCCCGCCCGCGAGCUGCAGAGCUUCCACUCGCAGUCGCGCGGCUGGCAGAGCUCUCGGUUCUGCGACUUUCCUCAGGAGAUCGUCCUCAAGUUUGGCGGCCCGGUCAACGUGCAGCAGGUCCAGCUGCUCUCGCACCAGUUCAAGAUUGCGACGCGGAUCGAGCUUUUUGUCGGGUCGCUUGCCGAAGGGCAGGCGGAGCCGCCGGCGUCGGGCUUCGAGGGGAUCCAGUUCUCGCGGCUCGGGCACUUCUCGCUCGACUGCAACGAGCGCUCCAAGUUCCAGGCGCGCGAGCUCAAGACGGUCUACGUGCCGCGCCGCGCCGACGGCCUCUACCUCCGGCUGCUGCUGCACAAGUGCCACGUGAACGAGCACAACCUGUACAGCCAGCUAGGCCUGCUGGCGGUGCGCGUGAUCGGCGACGGGGGCGGCGACGGCGAGCGGCCCCUCGACGCGCCGCUCUCCCGGCUGGCGACGCGGCCGCCCUUAGCGCCGGAGGAGGCGGAGGAGCGGGCCGGAGGCGCGGUGGAUGGCGGCGUGAUGGCGCUGCUGCACGAGCUGCACCGCGACAAGGAGGAGGCCGUCCGUGCCGAGGAGUACGAGCACGCCAAGGCGCUCAAGACACGGAUCGAGGAGCUGCGCGGCGUCGGCGUCGAGCUCUCCUCGCUCGAGCGUAAGAAGCUCGCGGCUGUGCAGCGCGAGGACUACGACGC